UCGCCCUCUUCAGAUUUCCAGCUUUAACCAUUCGUCUUUAAUUCCACUUUUUUACGUUUUCAAACAAGCACAUUUAAACCCUUCUUUCUCCAGGCAAAUGCUGUCGCCGAACCCGUUUGACCCGACGCUCUGCGGCGAAAUACCGUCGGCGCAGAAUACAAUACUGACGUUCAUGCUCUGCGUGGGCACGUUUCUGUCGUACCUCCCUCAGCACAUAAAGAUAAUCCGGCACCGGACGAGCGAGGGCAUCAGCCCGUACUUUAUCCUCCUGGGCACGACGGGCGCCGGGUCGAACAUUACAAACAUGAUAAUUCUACAGUUUAUUGUCAUGCAGUGCUGCACAGUGCAAACGUGGGGCGUGUGUGUGGCCAGCCUGCUGGGGAUUUUCCAGGUCGGCAUUCAGAGCACCAUGUUUUAUAUCACGUUCGUCCUCUUCCUGGCCUUCUUCCCCGAGGCCAACAAGUAUGAGGCAGUGCCAGCAGGCGAUGAGGCAGUAGCGAAUAGCGAGUCGAGCCCGCUGCUGCCUGCAGCAGCAGCAGCAGCUGUACCAGAUGGAGCGCCGAAGCGGCUGGCGAUGGAGUGGAAGGCAGCACUGUGGGUGGCCACAGCCACCGCUGUGCAUGGCACUAUAUGUAUCGUGAUGAGUGCCCUGCUGGUUGUGUUUGUGGGGCCGUAUUCUGCGCCGACGCGUACCUGGGCGAGCCUCCUGGGCCUGUUCAGUCUGUGCACAACAUGCAUGCAGUUCAUCCCACAGAUUAUCAAGACGUGGCGGUCGGGCCAGGUAGGUGCGCUGAGCAUCCCGAUGAUGCUGAUGCAGACGCCCGGCGGAUUCGUGUUUGCGUACUCGAUUGCUAUCCGGCCGGGUGUCAACUGGUCCAGCUGGAUCUCAACCUUUGUUGCGGCGACGCUGCAGGGCGUGCUGCUGACGAUCUGCCUGGUAUUUGAGGAGCGAGCCAAGGGUGCCCGUCGUCUUCAAAGCACCGGCGCUGCUGCGGUGAACAAUGGAGAGAAUGCUGCGGCUGGUGGGGAAGCGUCUGGUUCGGUGACUGGGGCUGACAAUGCAGCGGGGAGUCAAUGAAUGGCAGUAGUGCUCCGGCUGAUGCGAAAUAGUCGCGCCCAGUUUUUUUCUUGUUCAGUGAAUGUUAUACAGUUGAUAGACAGCGCUUAAAAAGGCAACACGGGACGCGAAAAGGGCGC